AUGUUGGGCCGUGAUGAUGAAGUUCGCUGCAUUGCCGAAGUUAAUGUCAACAAGUUCGAAUCUUGGGAGCUACCAAAGGUCGAUACAGAGGAGGCAGUUUGUUAUUUCUUGGCUGCUCCAGAUUACAAGUAUGGGAACAGAAAGCGAGCUAAAAGGACUACCAAGGCCGACUACAGAAAACCAGCCAACAAGGAAAGGUUGGUUCGGGCUGAAAGCACCGGGGAGGAAGCUCAAAGGAGUAAAAUGGGGAUUUAA